ACAUCAAUAGUUUCUCUCUCUGCAUUCAGUCUUCCGAUCCAGAGAGAGAGACUCCAUCAUCAGCCAUUAACGGCAAAAUCUAGAGAGACACAGAGAGGGAGGGAGAUGUGACGGGAAUUGAUUACUUGCUUUACUGUGAUGAUUUAGUUUAUGCAUUGCUCACAUUUACGUCAAUUCAUUUAUUUCAUUCGUUUAUUUGCUUAAUCUAUAGACACGGAAAUCGGGAAAGCAAUCGGGAACCCUAGGGCUAGUGGGAUUGGGCGGGAUUUUGUUGGAUAAUUUCAAUGUUGAUGAGUUCACAGCUGGAAGGAAAAUCGAGAUCGCUGAAUUGCCCCGGUGGCGGAUCUGAUGGUGGAUAGCGUUUUGUUGAUUUCGAAGAAUUGUUUGGACCUUGUUCCUUUGAAGAAUAUUAGGAUUGAUUGCAUCGGCGGCGGUGCUGGUGGCUGUGUGUGGGGCAAUUGGUUGAAUUUUGGAAGGUUAGAAGGGGGAAUAGGAAGCUACUGGUGGAGAGGGCCGGCGGUGCAGGAAUAUGCAGCUGCACUUCUCACCUAGCAUGAGAAGUAUAACGAUAUCGUCUAGCAACGCUGGAGGAAAUGGAAAUGGAAGUGGAGAUUUGAUGAAGAUCAAGGUCGCAGCUCGCCACAUUUCGUACCGAACGCUGUUCCACAGCAUUCUAAUUCUUGCGUUUUUGUUGCCAUUUGUGUUCAUUCUAACUGCUCUUGUCACCCUUGAAGGUGUCAACAAGUGUUCCUCAAUUGAUUGUUUAGGACGUCGGUUAGGACCAAAGCUUCUCGGUAGAUCCAAUGAUUCUGGGAGGAUGGUGAAGGACUUUGUUAAGAUUUUGAAUCAAGUAAACUCUGAGAAAGUCCCUGACACUUUGAAGAUCCCAGAGACUUAUAAUCAGCUCCUUUCUGAAAUGAAAAACAACAAGUAUAGUUCAAAGGACUUUGCCCUGAUUCUGAAAGGAAUGGUGGAGAGAUCUGAAAGAGAAAUAAGGCAAUCCAGAUUUGCCGAGCUUAUGAAUAAACAUUUUGCAGCUAGCGCCAUCCCCAAGAGCAUACAUUGCCUUUCAUUGAGGCUGACUGAUGAGUAUUCUUCCAAUGCUCAUGCACGCAGGCAAUUACCUGCUCCUGAGUUACUUCCUUUGCUCUCUGACAACUCCUAUCAUCACUUUGUGUUAUCCACAGACAACAUUCUUGCUGCCGCAGUUGUUGUCACAUCUGCUGUGCAGACUUCUGCUCACCCUGAAAAGAUAGUUUUCCAUGUCAUAACUGACAAGAAAACCUAUGCUGGCAUGCAUUCGUGGUUUGCCCUGCAUCCUUUGCCUCCUGCUAUAGUUGAAGUAAAAGGUGUGCAUCACUUUGAUUGGCUAACACGAGAGAAUGUUCCAGUUCUUGAAGCUGUGGAAAAUCACUAUGGUAUUAGGAAUUAUUAUCAUGGGAAUCACAUUGCCGGAGCUAAUCUUAGUGAUACGACCCCACGAACAUUUGCCUCCAAAUUACAGGCUAGAAGUCCAAAGUAUAUCUCAUUGCUUAACCAUCUCCGUAUAUAUCUCCCAGAGCUAUUCCCAAACCUUGAUAAAGUGGUUUUCCUGGAUGAUGAUGUUGUAAUUCAACAUGAUCUGUCUCCUCUCUGGGAAAUUGACCUUGAUGGAAAAGUUAACGGAGCUGUUGAAACUUGUAAAGGUGAAGAUGAGUGGGUUAUGUCUAAACGAGUCAGGAACUAUUUCAACUUUUCUCAUCCACUUAUAGCAACGAACUUGAAUCCGGAUGAUUGUGCAUGGGCAUAUGGAAUGAAUGUUUUUGACUUGCAUCAAUGGAGAAAGACAAAUAUUAGAGAUACUUAUCACUCCUGGCUUAAAGAGAAUCUGAAGUCAAAUCUCACCCUAUGGAAACUUGGAACUCUACCCCCAGCUUUGAUUGCUUUUAGGGGUCAUGUUCAUCCAAUUGAUCCUUCCUGGCACAUGCUUGGGUUGGGCUAUCAGAACAAGACGAAUAUCGAAAAUGUGAAAAAGGCAGCUGUGAUCCACUACAAUGGCCAGUCAAAACCUUGGUUGGAGAUUGGAUUUGAGCAUCUCCGACCAUUCUGGACAAAAUACGUAAACUACACUAGUGAUUUUAUAAGGAACUGCCACAUCUUGGAGUAGUAAUGACAUCAGACAUGCACCAGGAAAUUAUGAAACAAAAGACGGAGGGAGGCAUUAUGGAUUACACACUCAGAGUGUUUUGGCAGGUAAUAUUUUAUCAAUUCUUGAUUAAGUGAGAAAAUGGGGAUUUUGGUGAAUCUCAGAACACACUCACAAUGUGGCCAGAUAUGAAACCUGUGUUUUGUUUGAUUCGCUCCAAUCCUCGAAGAAGAGGGCUUGUAUUGCAAUCGAGGCAUGAGAUUCAUUCUACCAGUAUGUAAAGUAGCAUUCAUUCAUCUAUUUUUGGUUGGAUAAAGGACAUGAUAUAUUAUUUUUGCAUCUUCAUAAUGAGGUGUGACCCGUGUUUUAGAUAUUAGAAGGGAAUAAUGGUAAAUGCGCUAGUCCAUUACAUGAAAGGACAGAGCUAAGAUACAUCAAAUCUGUUCCUACUAUCGCCCCAAUAGACUUGAAGACGACACUUUCCUCUUGUUUCAGUUUCGAUUUUUCUGUUCAGAUUUUUGCUGCAAUUCUCCCUUUAUUUCCAUUUUGGCUGAUAUAUGUAGUAUCUUUUGGGUAGAUUUGGAAGUUGUUACUGGGACCUGGUUGAGUUAGAGAGAAUAGGCUUUUAAAAGUCAUGAAUUUCUUUGUAUGAACUAUGAACCUGUCCACACAUUUGAGAUGUGCAGAUUAUUCUUUCUACAAAUUAAAUUGUUAUGUGUUUUUUGUUC